AUGAAGUUCUCUCGUUACCAGAAGGAGGAUACCAAAGGCAAGUGCAUCUUCAAAGACAAUGGGAUGGAAUGUUCUUGUCUGGAGGAUCUGUGCAACAAUCCAGCAAAUAUUAUGGAUCAGGUCAAGAGCACAGAAUCAACGUCUGACGGGUAUAUGGGAGGGUUGCUCAUAGUGAUCAUUAUCGUUUUGGGCUGCAUUCUUGCAGGACUCGUUGUUGUAGCAAUUAUUAUUUAUGUGAAGCACUUCAAAUCGUCGCCGAAGAAGAAACAAAAGGUCAAAUCGACAAAUAAAUCAAAAGCGUCGGCGGGUUCGAAAAAAUAG